AUGGCUACGUGGGGAAAGGCGGAGAGAGACCGCAUGCCGGAGAUAUCGGCGGUAGGCCUCCCACUGGAGUUGGGGCCUUCACAAGAGCUAGGCCUUGUGCAGGAACUCGGCCUCCACGGGGUACCAGCAAAGAGUCUUAUCGAGUUCGAAGGUGGUGGCAGCAUGCUGUCUCGCGAGGUUCUGGGAGAGAUGUUGGCCGUCCACGACCAUGGAGUUCUCAACGCGCGGGUCGGGGCAACGGAGAAGUCCCACGGCGGUCGCAGCAAAAGGGCCAGGGGAAGACAAGGGGCGAGCUCGGCGAGAAGCCCGGGGAAGGGAAGCGAUGGCAGAGCUGUAGAGAAUAGGAUACAGACACGGUUGCUUUGCCAGGCCGAAGCGCCCAAGUGCUUGGGGGAGUCAUCAUCGUCGCAAUCACGUGUUUUCGCCAAAUUAGUUCCUAGGAAAUCGACGAAGAGAUCUCACAACAACGGGGUGGAGAGCCGGCAGCGAGAUUACCAUGACCAACAAGCUCUGCUUGCGGAACAGCGGCGUGAGAAGCAAACUGCAUUUAUCGAUGGUGACGGAAUGAACCAUCGAAGGGCGACGGCUACCGCCCACUUUGAGGCCCAGCAGACGGUGGCCGGUUCGUCCAACAAAAGGAGGCGGCACAAACGGUACGACCACGAUCACAAUCCUAAGGUAUUGCGCAGUCUUGUGGACGACACAAUCAUCACCGGAAUAGCCGGGGCGGGCGCUCUCAAGGCCGAAGAGGGGAGGCAGAUGGAAGAUCUCAGGCUGCAGCUACGUCUCGCUUGCCACCGGGCUACGGAGCUGGAGGAUCAAAUUUUCCAGUCUCAGACGGGCUCGCCUCACCGCGAGCUGCUUGGCGAGUUGCAGCUGGCUAGAGCAGCAGGCAACACCGGCAUCCCACUGCUUGAACGACCCAGUUGGAAGAAAAUAAAUUUUGACUUGGAUCCGACGGGAAAUGCAGCGAAAGCUCCUAGAAACACCGAUGUACUCGAACGGUGCCGUUCUCCUGACGGUGCCGGCGGGCGAAGCCCCCUGCGACCGCGCCACCGGGUGUCGCCCAGGAAAACCAGACGAACACCCCUAGACGUGUCCUUCUCGACCGACCCGCCACAGCAUCUUGCAGGAAGCAGCACUUCGGCGACCGACAUCAUCCCAAGGCGGCAAGCGAAUGUGUCAGACAUGGUGACAACGUGCCACCCCCCGCAGUCGCCCCCGCUCACGCCCACCUCUUCGUUGCGACGGUACUUGUCGUCCCUACGACCGUUCUCGGCCAACAGCGCCCGAGCGGCGUGGGGGCUGGCCGACCCCGCCAAUGGCGGCAACCCGCUUGCGAGACCUGUUACAGAUUUCACCCACCCGUUCGGUAACGGCCAACCCAGAUGGCCGGUGCUUUUUGUCAUGGGGGGAUCGAAACCGCCGCCGCCCAGGCAUCCACUCAGCGUGCACGCCUUGCCCCUGUUUGACGACGAGGUGGUGGCCCUGCUGGCGAGGGCGGCGGGCGAGCCGGCCGAGAAGGUCCGCGCGAUGGUGCAACUCCUCUCGCGCUUCGACGUCCGCCUCCUACAAUCCGCCGUGAAACGGCUAUGCUGUAAACAUGCCAGCUCCCGAACUCAAGCGGUGGCGGCACGCGGAGGCAGAGGGCGACACCUGCAGCGGAGCGGGCCCCGAGGGCCAGCGACGGAGGCAUGGGGAAGAAGCCCAAUGCCGCCGUUGCCAGGACCAUCGGCAGCGGCUGAUGCUGCUCACUCAUCGACGAGCGUCGAAGAGCCCCUACUAAUGUCGGAAGCGGCGGCAGGGCGCGCACUCACCGCGGGGUUCUUGGGCGGUGUCUUCGGGGAGGACGCCGUGCGAGAUAUCGUUGUCGCCUCUCGACCGGUUGUGGUGUUCGACUCGACGGAAUCGGCGAAAGGAGAGGCGCUAACGCCACCGUUGCAAGGCGAAGCUAUCGGGGGCGAGAGGCAGAACGACCGGGGUGAUCGGUCAGAAGGCGGAGCGAGUCGGGCCCCGUCUUGGAAGAUUGGGAAAAAUGCUGAGCAAGACAGCUCAAGCAGAGGCGGAGAAGAUGAAGCAGCUGCCACCGCGGCUAACGAAGAUCUUGCAUCCUCUUUACCGAGCGUAGAGUAUCGACGAACAUGGGAGGAUCGCAACGGUUCCUCAGUUAAUCCUAGGGCACAGGGCGACUCACCGCCUUGCACCGACGACGGCUCGCUUCUCGUAAACUCGCCGCGACGAGUAGCAGACACGGCUCUCGGCAAACGACAGCUAGAGGUGUCCGAACUCGCGGAGCACAACAGCAACCCCGAACAAGGGGUCCUGGUGGCGCAGCUCGUGCGUGCAGCCACCGCCAGGUUCAGGGUGCACAGCCUAGCGGUACAGCACCACGAGCACGGCGGUGUUACUUCUACCAACCGAAGAGACUUCGGACGAGGGAUUUACAUCGGGGGCUCUGGCGCCAUCGACUGGACGGAAGGAGGCCAAGAGCCAGGACAGAGACUGCGCCGACCAGCGUCGGCAGGGAGUGAUGAACUCGGCCUCCCUCCCCUUAAAUUGGCCAGGAAGGACAAGAGGACGAGGCGGAGGCGGGAGGCGGAUGCUGGGCGGCGAGAGGAAGAGGUGGAGUUCGACGUGUUCGGGGUCCCUCGGCCACGAUCGACCCCGCGAUGCUUACGCCCAGGCUACAAGGGAGAAGUGACGGCCGCCAUGCUCCGGCAAGAACUGGAAGCCUCAGAGAGCACAGCGGCCCGCCUAGGCAUCACGAUGGCGCGGAAGGCGGAGGCCUGGAAAACGGAAGCCCAGGAAGGGAUUGCCGCUGCGGCCGCCUCAUCCGCCGCGGCCACCGCCGCCGCCAACCGCGCCGCUCUCGCCCUCGCGAGUGCCGCCGCGCACGAGGCCCUCCUCGAGUCCGCGCAAGACCGCAUGCGCGAAGCCAUGAACAUCAUGUACCUCAAGACCAUCCGUCGGGGCUGGGACGCCUGGGCGGAGCUGACCCGACGGCAGCGAUCCAUCGAGGCUGCCGGGCGCGUCGCUCGGCUCGUCGGUGCCGCGGCCAUUGGCUUCGCCGUGCUAGAGCCACUCUUGCGGCGGCGGACACGGACAUGGCUUCGCCGGUGGGCCGGGGCGAUGCGCGCCGAGAGGGUGCUUGAGGUUCAGGCAGCGGCCGUGGAGUUGCAGAGAACGGUCCGAGGUUUCUUGGGGAAGCGUCGGGCGGACAAAAGGCGGCGCGACAUCGCUGCCGUAGCCGUGCAGAGGGUGGUAAGGGGCCGCUUCGGGAGGCUGAGGGGCGCGCGGAGGGCGAGGAUGAUGGAAGAGCGGCGGGCCGUUCGUACGAUAGAGCAGAAGUACCGCGAGUUCGUGUGGCAGAGGGACGCCGUCAAGCUGCUGGCGCUGAAGAGAAAGGAGCGCGCGGCGACGAAGCUGCAGGCGGCGUGGAGCGGCCUGGUGUACGGCCGCCGGCCGGUACGAAGGCUGCGGGAGCGGCGCUUAAGAGAGGUCUCCGCCGUCAUGCUGCAGAGACUGUGGCGGGGCGUCGUCGCGCGUGGCAGGGCGGACGUGUUGAUGGAGGCUAAGUGUAGACAGGAGGCGGCGGUCAAGAUUCAGGCGGUGGCGCGGGGGCGCGGGGCCCGCAAGGUGUACUGCCGCAUAAUCCUGCGCGAGAGAGCUGCCGCCACCAUGUCCCGGUUCUGGCGCUGCGCCAAGGCUAGGAGAGUGGCGCGGCAGAAACGGUGGGAAAGUGCCUUGGCCGCGCGGCUGAACCCCCUGGUCAGGGGUUUCUUGGCGAGAAGGGCGACGAAAAGACUGCUUGAGGAGCAAGCUCUUGACAAUUGCGCGAUGAUCGUGCUUCAACGCAUCGUAAGAGGCCGAGCGGUCCGGCGCUUGUCUCGAAUGGAGGAGGGGCGACCAAGGAACCAGGCCGCGUCGUGGAUGGCGGCUACGGCGGUGCAACGCAUGUGGAGAGGGCUCAAGGGGCGAAGAAUGCUGGGUCAGCGCAUGCGGCGCCGACGGCAAGAACGGACCCUCAAGCGCGGGAUAGAAGUCGCCAACGCCGCCGCCUCUUUCAGUCAAGGCGGUGGGCACGCCGUGAGCGUGGCGGGGGCAACGGCAGCGAUCGCAGCGGCAGCAGAGGGCGGAGACGACGGCGGCAGGCGUAGCUUCGCCGACACAACAGGAGAAGCCGGCCAACGUGCUGCUGGUGAUGACGCCGGUGACGGAGCAAGGAGCAUCGACCGUUUGGAAGGUGCUGCCGGCACGGCCUCUCCUCGCGGGGCGGCGGACACCGGUAGUAGUGCAACAGCCGCCCAUGGCGGCACGGUGGGCGGGCCCAGGGUUGACGGCCCGCCGGCCAUCGAGGUGAAAGUCGGAGCGACACCGGAGUACGAAGACAUGGGAGACGUUGCCAUCGCGGCAGUGCUACAGUCGGCCGGAAAAUCUUCGGCUCCGCCGUCGCCGCCGCCCCCUUCGCCCGUGCCGGUGCCGGUGCCGGUCCCCGCGGUCGUGGAGCCGGUGUUGGUGCCGGCCAAGCCCGCUGACCCGCCGCCGCCGGUGGUGGAAGAGGAGAUGUUGCAGUACUACGAGGCGAAGCUGAGGUACCUGGCGGCGCAGGAGAAAGCGCACGGGGCAUCUGCUGCCAGGAUCCAGGCGAGUGCAACCGUUGACACGGUUGUGGAGAGGGACCAGGAAGCCAUGUUCCGAGCGUAUGAGGCACGGCAAAGAGCUGCAACGCUCAGGGCCGAGAGGGACAAGGUCGAGCGGCGGAAGGCGGCGGAGCUUCGGGCAGCCUCGGUGCUCCAGUCAGCCGCCAGAACGUGGGCCGCGCGACGGACGGUCGCCCGUAGGCGCGCGGAGAUAUUGAAAGCCGCUCGGAGGGAGCAAGGGUUGCUCACCAUACAGGCACCAAAGAGUGGGUUUGAGGAAGACGGAGAGGGAGAAGCAGGAGAUGUUGUUUCGCAUGGCGGCCCGAGUACAGGUGGGUGGGCAGGGCUAAGUUGCACCCCUCCCUCGCUCCCCUCUCCCUCCUGCCUUGACCGUCGUGUCUUUGGUGUCUGCUUCGGUAAGGCACUUGUGCGGGGGAUUCAGACGAGAAAUGUUUGGAGGAAGUUCUUCACGAGCAGAGUUCUUUUGCAAAGGGAACGACAGCGGACAGGCGCGCAGCAGAUACAAUCCUUCUGGAGGCACCUGAAAGGUCUGCUCGAGGCGACGAUGGAGGCGGAGCGGCGGCACGCGUACGCCAUCCGGCUGCAGUGCUGGUGGAGGGGAAUCCUUGCGGUCAAGGUCAUGGCCCGGAAGCAGCUGACACUGAUAGAGACGCCGCCCGAGGACGUGGGGGAGGAGAAGGAAAAGGCGGCUCUUGUGCUGCAAUGUCACUGGCGAGCAAUCAAGGCCAGACGCUUCUACAACGCAAACUAUGCCUUGUUGUAUCGGGAGCGUGAGCGCAGAAAGUGCUGUACGGAGUGCCAGAGCGAGUACGCCACUCGAAAGUGCGACACGUGCACAGACAAGUUUUGCGAGGGUUGCUGGACGCGCAUCCAUAGCACGCUGUCAUCCGUAUGCAAGGAAGUAAGCACAAAAUGUCGAUCACCCCUAGCAGGAUGCAGCGCACCCUUCAUGCNCGACUGGCUGCCCUUUGCGCCCGCUGCGUACAACACAAGCAGACCACAAGACGCCGCCGCAGCCCCGUCCACCACCGACAGGCAGUACUAUUACGACGCAAGCACGGGGCAACAAGGAGCAGGAGGAGGAGAACUGUGGGACGUCAAUCAACAAUCAGCAGAGCUAGACCUGUACUACCAACCUGGGUACGACUCCUACGACUACUCCGGAAGCAAGUACUACUACGACCAGCGAGGCUGGGAACAGGAGGGCGGGAAUCAGCAAACCUCGGCGGUUUCUGUGCAGGGCUGGUCCCCGGAGACCAACCAACAGUGGUACUACCCCGACCAGCCGCCGUCCACCGGCAGUGAGUACGGCUACGACGGGGCCAUGAGCUACGAUGGUGCAGCGGCGAUCACGCCAUCGUUGUCGUCAGACUACUACCCCGCGUGGACGCCCGAGACGCCGGACACAGCCGCCGACAACAACAGCAAUGCCGCCGGUACCACAGUAAAGUCCUGGGAAGGCGAGGGAGACGGCGAGUGGACUUCGGCAGCAGCGGAAUAUUACGGCUACGAUUCCGCCGGCAGCGGGGUGGAUCAAGCGGCUGGCGGGGCUUGGGCGGGGGGAGGAGGAGUCGCGGGGGGCUGGAACGAGGGGUGGGCGACGCCCCAACCGGCCGACACAGCGAAUGGUGACGAAGAUUCCUCGGUGUUCCUUGCGUCCACCGGCGGGGAGACUAGCAAAGACAGCGGCGGUGGCAGUGGCGGCGUGGGGGGGGCACCCCCGAGCGGAAGCAGCGGCAGCCGGCCGUGGUCGGUGAACGAGUACGGGCAGAGGGUGGCCGGGGACUGGGUGGAAUACUGGGACGACGCCGCGCAGGCGGCGUACUUCUACAACACAGCCAGCGGGGAGGCAAGUGAUACUAUGCGUAGGAAGAUACGCGGCGCGAAGAGACUAGCGCAGCAGUAA